AUGGAAGAGAUAAUCAACAAUAAUGAUCAAACUUUGGUUAUAGAUCAUACACCAAAGCUUGGACUUGAGUUUGAUUAUGAACAAGAGGCAUACGACUUCUAUAAUGAGUAUGGAAGGAACUAUGGAUUUAGUAUUCGAAGAGAGUGGUAUAAUAAAAGAAAAGUAGAUGGCUUGGUGACUUCAAGAAAAUUCGUGUGUUGUAAAGAGGGACUUCAAGCCCAAUGCGAGAGAGAUAGACAAAAAAGAUAUGAGCGAGCUGAAACAAGGACAGGCUGUAAAGCACAUAUGAUAAUUCGACAUGAUAAAGAAAAACAAAAAUAUUGCAUUCAUAGUAUUGAGCUCAAUCAUAAUCAUGCUCUCCAUAUUCCACAAUGUGCUCACAUGAUGCCAUCACAACGAAAGAUUUCAAAAGCACAAGCAUUAGAAAUUGAUUUGGCAGAUGAUAGUGGUAUACAAUUGAAGGAUUCCUAUGAGUUCAUGGGUAGGCAAGUUGGUGGAAAAGAUGCUCUUGGUUACACCAAGCAAGAUCAGAAGAAUUAUCUUCAUAACAAACGACAACGAGAGCUAAAAUAUGGCGAGGCAGGGAUUUCUUUCGAUACAACAUAUAGGACUAACAAGGAGUAUCGACCACUUGCAAUGUUUGUUGGGUUUAAUCAUCAUAGAGAGACUGCUAUCUUUGGUGCUGCACUUCUUUAUGACGAGACCAUAGAGUCAUUUAAAUGGUUGUUUGAAACUUUCUUUGAAGCAAUGUCAAGUAAGAAACCAAAGACAAUAUUUACUGAUCAAGAUCCAGCAAUGGCAAAAGCUAUCUCAAUGGUAAUGCCAAGUACCUAUCAUCGGCUUUGUAAGUGGCAUUUAAUGCAAAAUGCUAUGAAACAUGUUGGUCAUUUAUUAAGAGAAAAAUGGGCAAAAGCAUAUGUGAAGAUGUCAUUUUCUGCAGGAAUGACUUCCACACAAUUGAGUGAAAGUUUGAACUCUGAUCUAAAGGAUUAUUUACAGUCAGAUUAUGAUAUUGUAAAAUUCUUCACACAUUUUGAAAGGUUACUCAAUGCUAAACGCUACAAAGAGUUGCAAGUAGAGUACAACUUGAGGCAAAAGUUACCAAAAGUUAAGAUUGCAUCACCUAUGUUGGUGCAAGCAGCAAAUACAUACACUUCUCAAUUAUUUUUGAAAUUUCAAAAGCAAUAUGAAGAGUUUCAAGGAGCUUUUGUUAAAGAGCGUGGUGAAAGAGACUUGUCUCAUGAAUAUGUAGUCUCAAUAUAUGGGAAGCCUAAAGAUCGUAGAGUCAUAUGGAAUUCAUUGGAAAACAAUGUUUCAUGCAGUUGUAGGAAGUUUGAAAGGUGUGAGAUUUUGUGUAGUCAUGCUUUAAAAAUUCUUGAUGUUAUGGAUAUUAAAGUACUUCCAGAAAAAUACAUCCUUAAGAGAUGGACAAAAGAAGCAAAAAAUGAGAGUGUGCAAGACUUCAAUGGACAUGAUAUCAUAACAGACACUAAUUUGGAAGUUACAACUCGAUAUAAGUCUUUGUGCCCUUUGUAUGUCAAGCUUAUUAGUCGGGCGGCUGAAUGUGAAGAAGCAUACAUGUUAACAUUGGAAAAUUAUAAGGAAAUUAUAAGGAGUUGA